AUGUCCCGCGAGGACGCGAUCGCCCGAGCGGAAGGUCCACCGUUCACCGACCUCGAUCCACCGUUGCUCGCGUCCUCUCUGCGCACGCUCCAAGGCAUGGCGUUCACGCGAACGACGCCCGUGCAGGCGGCGACGAUUCCUCUGCUCGCGACGCACAAAGACGUCCUCGUCGAGGCGUGCACGGGGUCGGGGAAGACGCUGGCGUUCGUGUUACCCAUGACGGAGAUUCUCUCGCGAUCGGUGGGAGGGAUGCGACGGCACGAGAUCGGUGCGGUCGUCGUGAGCCCGACGAGAGAGUUGGCGCGGCAGAUACACGCGGUGGCGACGCCGUUCGUGGAGGCGAUGUUGCGAGAGAGAGGGGAGUCGGGGGUGGAGGGGCGGGCGACGAUGCUACUCGUGGGUGGCACGGACGUGAGUAAGGACGUGGGGGCGUUCGCGGCGAUGUCGCCGUUGGUGUUAGUGGCGACGCCGGGACGGCUGUGGGACGUGAUGCAGCGGAGCAAGGAGUUGGACGCGAAGAAGUGCGAGCUGUUGAUCUUGGACGAGGCCGAUCGGUUGUUGGGGAUGGGAUUCAUGACGACAUUGAAUAAUAUUAUAUCUCGAUUGCCGAAGCAGCGAAGGACGGGCUUGUUCAGCGCAACGCAGACGGAGGAAGUGGCGGAGCUCGCGCGCGCAGGUUUGCGGAAUCCAGUGAGAGUUACAGUGAGGGACGCGCUCAACGCGGCGGCUAAGGCGGCGGGUGAGAAGACUGGAAAGCUCCCAACACAGUUACAACUACUCUAUCGCGUAUGUCCGAUAGACGCCAAGCUUUGGCACUUUGUGAACUUUCUCAAGGAGCACCGCGAGUGCAAGUUGAUUGUCUACUUUUUGACGUGCGCGUGUGUGGAUUUUUAUGAAUCUGCGCUCAAGGAGAUGUUACCGGAAGCGAACGCGAUCGCAUUGCACGGAAAAAUGAAGCAGAACGCGCGAGAAUCGGCGCUGGUUAAGUUCACGGAGCUAAAGUCCGGUAUUUUGAUGUGCACCGACAUCGCGGCGCGCGGUUUGGACAUACCGGGCGUUGAUUGGAUCGUGCAGUUUGAUCCGCCGCAGGAUCCCGCGGCAUUCAUCCAUCGUGUCGGGAGAACCGCGCGCAUGGGUCGCGAAGGUAGUGCUAUCGUCUUCUUAUCUCCAAACUCUGAGGCGAGUUACGUGGAUUUCUUAAGGAUUCGAGGCGUGGAUAUCAAGGCAGCUCCCGGGACCCGAGAGUACUACGCCGAGGCAGCAGCCAAUGACGGUGACAAUCAAGAGAUCGAGUUACCGUCUGAUAUCGUGGACGCUCUGGAACAGUCUGAGCGGGACGAGCGUGAGGGCGCGGCGCACGCACACGCGGUGUUGAGAAAAGCGAGUGAAUCGAAUCGAGACAUCAUGGAAAAGGGUGUCAGAGCGUACGUCUCAUACAUUCGCGGGUACAAGGAGCAUCAUUGUAGAUUCAUUUUCCGGUUCAAAGAGCUCGAGUACGGCUCGCUCGGAAUGGCCAUGGGCCUGCUUCGCCUUCCUAAGAUGAAGGAAAUUCGUAAGGCACCCAAGAAGUUCAUGGAGAGCUUCGUCGAGUCCUCCGUCAACGCCGACACAGUAGCAUUUUCCGACAAGGGACGAGAGAAGCAGCGUCAAAAGACGCUCAAGGAGCAGGAAGAGGCGGCCGCCGCGCAACGAUUACUCGAUGAAAACAAACCCAAAGUGAAGAAGGAGAAACCAGUCAAGGAGGAGAAGCGGCUCACCGCCUUUAAGCGCCGCAAGCAGGAGUCACUGGAAGACAUCGAAGAGAUGGAGGACGACUAUCGCGCGCUGAAAAAGCUAAAAAAGGGUAAGAUGACUGAGGAAGAGUUCGAUAUGGAAAUUGGAUUCGAGGAGGAGAAACCAAAAUCGAAGACGAAUAAAAAGUCGCAAUAA